AUGCCGCCGUCUGCGUCGUCUGCCGAUCACCUUCCCCCUCACCAGCCCGCCGCCCGCCAGCGCCCAAAGUCGCCGGAUCGUGUACUCGCUGAGGCCGAAGCGCAAUGGCUCUUUACUGAACAAGAAUUAUUACACACGCCAUCAGUUCAGGAUGGUAUGUCGCCUGAGAAGGAAAAGGAGAUACGCGCAAAGGGUAUCAACUUUAUCCGUCAAGUCGGCAUCAUGCUCAAGCUGCCCGAACUCACUCUGUCAACCGCUGCCAUCUUCUUCAACCGCUUCCUCAUGCGCGUCAGUCUCGUUGAUCGUCCCGGCCAAAAAGCACUGCACCACUACACACUCGGUGCUACCGCUCUAUUUCUGGCCACUAAAGUUGAAGAGUCAUGCCGCAAGAUGAAGGACCUGGUUGUUGCCUGUUGCCGUGUUGCUCAGAAAAACCCAAACUUGUUGAUCGACGAGCAAAGUAAAGACUUCUGGAAAUGGCGCGAUACUAUCCUGCUGAACGAAGAUGUCUUGCUCGAGAUGUUGUGCUUCGAUCUCACAAUCGAAGCUCCUCACAAACAGCUCUACGAGAUGCUCAAGUACUAUCAAGUCCAUCACAAUAAGCAACUGCGCAACGCUGCCUGGGCCUUUGUCACCGAUAGCAACAUCACUCAACUUUGUCUGCUCUGCUCAAGCCAUACAAUUGCUGCUGCUGCUCUGUAUUCAGCUGCCCGCUAUUGUAAUGUCGCCUUCCCAGAUUCUCCUGACGGCCGUCCGUGGUGGCACGUUCAGCACGUCUCACUUGAGGAUAUUCUGAAAGCUUGCAAUUACAUGGCUGCCAACUACGAACAUGUUCCCAUCAAACCUGGUCAUGAAGGCGCUCAAACUAUUUAUGCUAUUACCAGUCCCUCCGCCCCAAUACUACACCAAGAUACUACCACGAGCAAUGGGAGCAAAAUCCAUCAUCUUGACCCGCCGCAUGACGAUAGAGCUGCCAAGAAGAGACGUACUUCCGAUUCUGCUACUGCCCCUACUUCUGUUCCUCGCCACGAAGCCGCCUCUCGCACCGUCGAGAGUCACGGUAGUGAGGAGGGCGAGGUUGAAGGCUAA